CCCAAUCUGACAAUUCAGCACGCGUGUGCAUCCGCAUCGAAAAUAGCAAAGUGCAGAUAAAUUAUUGAAAGUCAGUUUAGUGCAGUUAAUUUUCACUUCGACUGCUUUGUAUUUAUCCUGGAUUUCUCUCUCUGCACACAGUACUUUGGUGUGUGAGAGAGAGAAGCAAAGUGUGUGAAACGAUGUCGCAUAACGGGAAAUUGAUGCCCAAUCUGGAUGAGAAGACGACCAAGGUGCUCAAUCUGACAGUGCUCCAGCGAAUAGAUCCGCUGGUUGAGGAAAUUCUCAUCACCGCCGCUCACGUUACCUUCUACGAAUUCAACAUCGACAACAGCCAAUGGAGCCGAAAAGAUGUCGAAGGUUCCCUUUUUGUUGUGAAGAGGAGUACACAGCCGCGUUUCCAAUUUAUAGUAAUGAAUCGUCGGAACACUGAUAAUCUGGUGGAGAAUCUCUUGGGAGAUUUUGAGUAUGAAGUGCAGGUUCCGUAUCUAUUAUAUCGAAAUGCUUCCCAAGAGGUAAAUGGUAUAUGGUUCUAUAAUGCACGAGAGUGUGAAGAAGUUGCAAACUUAUUUAGCAGGAUACUCAAUGCAUAUUCCAAGGUGCCUACAAAGUCUAAAGUGUCUCCUACAAAAAGUGAGUUUGAAGAGCUUGAGGCAGUUCCUACAUCGGCAGUAAUCGACGGUCCUCUGGAGCCACCAUCUUCUACCACAUCCAAUAUCACAGAUGCUCCAGAUGACCCUUCUUUCAUAAACUUCUUUAGUGCCUCGAUGAAUAUCAAUGGCCCACCAAACUCGCCAAUUCCAAGGCAGCCUUAUCACUCCUCUGCAACUCUUGUCCCAACAUCUCACCCUCAUGUUGUUCCCCUGCCCGCUUUUUCAACUUCCCAAACGCGCCCUAACUUACCUUCAUUGCCCGACGGCAAUGAACCCAACCCUGCCACCAAUCGUCCAGCCAAUCUCGUAAAACCGUCAGCUUUCUUUGGUCCGCCGCCAGCUGUCUCGUCUUCGCCAGUGAUCAUAGCUCCUGUCUCGUCAUCUGUACCUCAGAUCGGGCCCCAGCUGAAUCCUCCCGCGAGUCUGCACAGACCUUACGGUGCACCCUUGCUACAGCCAUUCCCACCUCCGACUCCACCACCAUCUCUCACUCCUCCGCCGCCAAAUUACGGGCCGGAGGUUAGUAGAGAGAAAGUUGCAGAAGCACUUCAGGCGCUUGUUCAGGAUAAUCAAUUCAUUGACAUGGUUUAUCGAGCAGUGUUGAAUGCGCACCAGUCAUGAUGAGCGGUGGAGAUUGUUGGGUUUGCUUUCGUUUGUAUUUCUUAACCUGUCAUUAAGGGAAAAAACUGUUGAAGUUUACCAAUUACCAUUGUCUUGUUAUGUAAUCUAUAGGUCUCUCGUGCAGAAAAAGGAGAGUAUGUACAGAGAUUUGUUUUGUCGUUGAUCUUACUUACAUUUUAUUACAUGUUAUAGUAUUUGGUGUGGUCUUUCUUUGUGGAGCUGUGUGUUGUGUCAGGUUUUAGAUAUUUACUGGAUGAUGUGUUAUUUGCGUUUUUUACUUCGAACUUCUAAGUGUGUAUGUGCAAUAGUAUAUUAAUAUUAAAUUUAUAUCAGUCUUACACUACCGAAUUUAUUAAUAGUAUAUAUACUUUGCAUAUAGUUUAACCU